GGUACUUUUGGGUGUCAUACAUUCCCCAACAGGACAAGUCAACUGGAGCGGCAGUGGUUGUCGGUCUUCACACCAGUGUAGCAGGCUCAAAUUAGACAAGCAUCAUGUCAGAAUCCGCUGAAGCCGUGGCAGCUAAUGCGUCCAGUCGAAGAAAUGUAACUAUUGAGAUCACCAACCUCACCACGAAUUACUGUCUGAUCAACCCCGAGGUGUACUUGGAUAAAGGUAGCACUCUGAUUCCACCCCAACCAACCGUGCGUCCUCUUAAAGUCGAGAUGUGCAACUUCAGCAAAGACAGUGGCAAAGCCUCUGGUGCUGUGGGAGUCUUGUGCUAUGACCUUUUUGAGAAGAACCGCCAGGAUUACUUUGAGAAGGUAGCCAUCAUGUUCUCUGUCCCAUACGACAGAAACAUGUACAAGAACUGGCUUGCUGUGGGUAUCUACAAAAAGGAAAAGGAGUGCAAUGAAGCCUUGUUCAAAGAAAUGUAUUAUGAUAAAGAUCCCAAAGGGUUUGUGAGGCAGGAGUGCAACGGAAGUGGAAUCACAUAUGAGGGUAGCUACCUGGACAUCAAGGCGACCAUGUCUCCUCUGGGCAGGUGCAUACUGAAGGUGGAGAUAUGGGAGAAACUCUUUUCCUCACCGAGCUCCAAACACUGA